AUGUUGUCUGUCCUCCAGAUGAGAACCUAUCUGUCUGCUGGCAGCACGUCACGGCGGACCUGGUCUGUCAGAGUCCUCUGCUGAGGGCUCAGGUCACCUUCAUGGACUGCUGCUGCCUGUACGGGGAGGGUUGGGGGAUGGACUGUGCCCUCUGUCCCUCCACCGACUCUGAGGACUAUGCCAGUCUGUGCAGUUCGUUUCCCGCUACGUUUACAGAGAGUUUUCCGGACUCCACCGGACCCGGAGCUGGACGAGGAGGAGCCGGAGUGGGACCUCCAUACUUCCCUUCCUACGGUUUGGAAUCCUUCCCUCCAGUUCCUGGCAGAGACUUCGGUGGUUCAGACUAUGACGAUUACUCUCCAGCAGGGGGCAGCAGGUCUGGCUUCAGAGGGAGGACUCCCACCACCUUCAGCCUACCGGACGGAGCCUAUGGCAGGCCGGAGUACAGGUGAGGAGGACACACCUGGUUUAACCCUGCUUACA